ACACAACUUCAUUUACUUUCCCUUACAUAGAAGCAAUCCCUGACAGCGGCGCUGGGUCCAAUCUCCUCCAGCUUUCUGCCUAUUCCCAGGGAUCCACAUCUGCGUACUCUGUGGAGCGUUUCCUUAAAUAUCCCUUUACAGAUAUGCGUUUUUUUUUUUUUUAACCGUCAGAGUAGGAGACGCACGGUCUUUCUAAAGUGACGCUUCAAUCUGACGUGCUUGGAAACUGUCAGUCUUGGGACACACUGGAGCUUUAUGGGACUUGCUCAGACAAGCAACAUUCCCACAGCUUGCACCAGGAAACAGCGGCAUGCUGUCCUGGAAGAUGUCACAAACCGGUUCUGGAGCUUCUGAGCCUCAUUGGUGCAAAAGUGGAAAAGCAGCUGGUGACUCACCUCCUCAGGCAGUAAGGAGGAGCUACAAAUUCAGAGGAGAGCAACGACUCAGAGGGAAUGCCUUUCAUUUGAUCUGGAUUAGGGAGUGAAGGGGUUUCAGCACAGCUCCUGUCCCACAGAAGAGCACCGAGACGUUUUAAAAAAAAAAGCUGUUUUCCAUACAGCAGGUCGGGGAGAAGAACUCUGACGCAUAACAAGGGCAGCAAAGAAGCUUGUUAAACCGGAUUUCUCUGUGUUGUUUGCAGGACAUAAUGAAUUCAAGCACGAUGAGCGUCACCGAAGAGAACUGUGACGUCUCUAACCACGCGCUGUACAAGUUCUACGCAGCUAUACUGAUCGUGAUUUUCAUCCUGGCUCUGCCUCUGAACGCGUCGGUCCUCCAUCUCUUCAUAUUCAAGCUCAAGUUCUGGAAAUCCAACAGCAACAACAUUUUCCUUUUCAACCUGGUGCUGGCGGACGUUCUGCUGCUCGUCUGUCUGCCAAUCAAGGCGUACAACUUCAUCAGCAGCGAGAGGAGGAGCGACUACGACAUCGUCUGCAAAGCCAUGCUCUUCAUGCUGUUUUUAAACCGCGGGGCCAGCAUCGCCUUCCUCACGGUGACGUCUAUCGAUCGCUACUUCAACGUGGUGCACCCAGGCAGGAAGAACCUGCUGAAGGUUCUGAAGAAAUCCCCUCACAUCUCCAUCAUCAUCUGGGUGCUGCUCCUGCCUCUCACCAUCCCCACCAUGCUGAAGGACUUUGAAUGCUGCAACAGCCUCAACCUGACAGCCAACAACUCUUCCCGUGAGAACAUGGUGGACAGCAUGAGGGAGGCGGUGUUCUUCCUCCAGAUCGUCGUCCCCUUCGUCAUCCUGGUCUACUGCACGGUGCACAUCGUCAACCGGCUCAGGAAGAAGACCGUCGGCGACACCACCAAGCUGAGGAGGGCCGUCCUCCUGGUGACCACCGUCAUGGUGGUCUUCUCCUUCUGCUUCCUGCCAUGUGCUCUCGGCAGGAUGGUGCUGCUGAUUGUUCGGGUCCAGGAGAGGAAGGACCUCGUCGAAACGGCGACGGAGGCGUUUGACGGCCUCAUGGUCCUCUCCUACCUGGACUGUCUGCUGGAUCCACUGGUUUACUGCUUUUGUAGCACCAAGUUUAAAGCGCUUUACGUCUCCAAUUACUUCUCCAUGUGUGUGAAAGAAGUCCCGGAGCCGCUGAACAGCUCAACGGCAAACACAACACAGCCCGCACGCAACAAAGUCAUUUAAAAAAAAAGCGACUUUAAGUCUCUUUUUCAUGAACCAGUAGCUGCUGUGCAGCAACCACAGACUGGCUGUUGCUAGGACAUGAAGCUCUCAGAGAAUAGACUUUGAGAUUCUUUUGUUAGUCCCACUGAAUGGCGUAGCACCAGAAUUCAUCACAGACUUGUUAUCAGUGUAUCGACAUGGAGAAGCAGCAUUUAGUUUUUAUCCUCCGUUGAUCUGGAACAAACUCCCAGAGGACUGGAAAAGUGCCCAAACCCUGAGUUCCUUUAAAUCAGGGUUAAAAACCUAUUUGUUCACCGCUGCCUUUAAAUUGUUUAAAUUGUUAAUGUCGACUUUCUGCUGUAAUGUUUUAUUUUCUUAUGCUCUGUUCCUGUACAGCACUUUGAAUUGUCUUGUUACUGAAAUGUUCUAAACAAAUAAACUUGCCUUGCUUCGCCUCCAAGGAGACUGAAAGUUAAACCAGGCCAUGAAGGCAAAAAAAUACGCUGA